CACACCUACCGGCAGCCCGAGUUAUUAAAAAGCACUGCGCAGACUUUAUACAGUACUGCUGCCUGUAAACUGACGGAUCCAACCCCGGACUGGCAGUUUUAAGGACGCAUUCUUCUGAAUCUCUGUGUGAGGAAUGCCCGUAGGAAGAACCAUGGACGCUGAUCACCUGCUCGGAGCCUCAAUCAUCAGGAUCCCACCUCACCACUACAUCCAUGUCUUGGAUCAGAACACCAAUAUUGCUCGGGUGGAGAUCGGCCCUCUCACCUACAUACGUCAGGACAAUGAAAGAGUUCUGUUUGCCCCGGUCCGGAUGAUCAUGGUGCCACCCAGGCACUACUGUGUUGUACUCAACCCUGCAGUUCGUGAUGACGAGGGUCGGGUUCAGUUUGAUGGAUCGGGUCAGGCCAAGCUCAGACACGCAGACCUGGAGAUCCGCCUGGCCCAGGACCCGUUCCCUCUUUACCCUGGAGAAGAGAUUCAGAAGGAUGUGACGCCGCUGCAGAUUGUGUAUCCCGACACAGCGCUGCGUCUGCAGGCCCUGCUGGAUUUUGAGGAGGAGGGAGGAGAGAAGAGAGUCGCUGGAGACGAGUGGUUGUUUGAGGGACCAGGAACGUACAUUCCCAGGAAGGAGGUGACUGUACUGGAAGUCAUAAAGGCCACAGUGAUCAGAGAGAACCAGGCCAUUCGUCUCCGUGCACGUAAAGAGGGCCUGGACCGCAGCGGAGUGCAACGAGUUACUGGUGAGGAAUGGCAGGUCAGUAAGGUUGGAGCGUAUCUGCCUGGGGCUCAUGAAGAGGUCGUGGAUAUUGUCAGCGCUUUUAUACUUACAGACAAGAAAGCCCUUCACGUGCGAGCCAUCCGUCCGUUCAGAGAUGCCGGUGGUAGGGAUCGGCGCACAGGAGAAGAGUGGCUGGUGACGGUGGCCGACAGAGAGGCUCACAUUCCCUCAGUUGCAGAGGAGGUUGUCGGGGUGGUGGAUGUGACCACUCUGAACAGCAGACAGUACUGCGUGAUCAUGGACCCCGUCGGGGCCGAUGGCAAACCACAGCUCGGGCAGAAGAGAGUGGUGAAGGGUGAGCGUUCAUUUUUCCUCAUGCCCGGAGAGCAUCUGGAGAACGGCAUUCAGGAUGUGUAUGUGCUGUCGGAGGAGGAAGGGCUUGUGCUGCGCGCCAUCGAGGCCUUCAUUGACACUCAGGGGCAGGAUGAGGCAGAAGAAGAGGAACGGGAAAGUCGGGCUAAGAAAAGGGGAGUACAGCGCCGUCCAGGUGACCGAUGGAUGCUGCGCGGCCCAAUCGAGUAUGUACCACCUGCCACCGUGGAGGUGCUUCUUACACGAACCGCCAUCCCGCUGGAUGAGAACGAGGGCAUUUACGUUCGUGACAUCAAAACCGGAAAGGUUCGUGCUGUGAUUGGCCAGACCUACAUGCUGACGCAGGAUGAGGAAUUGUGGGAAAAAGAGCUUCCGGCCAAUGUGGAGUCUCUUCUGGCGCAGUCCCGUGAUCCACUGGCUGACCGCUCAGACCGAGGAAGAGGCUUUGGGCAGGCUGAGCGGGAUAAAACCAGAGUGGUGUCUUAUCGUAUCCCACACAAUGCCACCGUGCAAGUGUAUGACUACAGAGAGAAGAAAGCCAGGGUGAUGUUUGGACCUGAAAUGGUGAUGCUGGGUCCUGACGAGCAGUUUACGGUUCUCUCCCUUUCUGGUGACAAACCCAAACGUCCCAAUGUCAUCAAAACCAUCUGUCUGCUGCUCGGCCCAGACUUCUGCACUGACAUCAUUACGAUUGAGACGGCUGAUCAUGCCCGCCUGCAGCUGCAGCUCUCUUACAACUGGCACUUUGAUCUGAAGCAGCCAGCAGAUGCGGCCCAGGCUGCGGCUCUGUUCUCAGUGCCAGACUUUGUGGGCGAUGCAUGCAAGGCCAUUGCUUCCAGAAUCAGAGGAGCAGUUGCUUCGGUGCAGUUUGAUGACUUCCACAAGAACUCCAACAGGAUCAUCUGUUCAGCUGUGUUUGGUUUCGAUGAGAAGCUUGCGGUGCGGUCCAGUCUACGCUUCGGUCAGAACGGGUUGGUCAUCAGCAGUGUGGACAUUCAGUCCGUGGAGCCGGUGGACCAGCGCACCCGGGAUGCCUUGCAGAAGAGUGUGCAGCUCGCCAUUGAGAUCACCACUAACUCACAGGAGGCUGCCGCACGACACGAGGCAGAGCGUCUGGAGCAGGAGGCUCGGGGACGCCUGGAGAGGCAGAAGAUAACAGACCAGGCGGAGGCAGAAAAAGCAAGAAAGGAGCUGCUGGAGCUGGAGGCUCAGAGUGCUGCGGUGGAGAGUACAGGAGCAGCAAAAGCAGAGGCACAAUCUAGAGCCGAAGCAGCUCGUAUUCAAGGAGAAGCAGCCGUCGAAGAGGCCAAACUCAAAGCAGAGGCUCAGAAAAUCGAGGCUGACUCAGAACUGGCACGUCUGUGUAAGGCACGCGAGCAAGAGCUGAACUACAAGAAGCAGAUAGACCAUCUGGAGGUGGAAAAGCAGCAGAAGCUGGCAGACAUCGAGAGUCAGCGCUUCAAGCAUUUGAUGGAUAACCUGGGCACUGAAACCCUGAAGGAAAUGGCUAGAGCCGGACCUGAACUACAGGUGAAGCUCCUGCAGUCUUUGGGUCUGAAGUCCACUCUUAUUACAGAUGGCUCCUCUCCCAUUAAUCUCUUCACCACUGCCAAUGGCCUACUGGGCUCUCUGCAAGGCAAAGACAAAGAUGAAUAAAUAAUAAUAAAAAAAUAGGAGAAAUGGAGGUUACGAGGCCUUAUUUCACAUGAUAUGCAUAAAUAAAAACUGACUUGCUAUUAUAGUUAACUGAUCACAGCUAUUGCUAUAAAGCCACUGAGAUGCAGCACCAAUAUUAUCCUUUGUAAAACAUGAACUAACAUUCAAACGCUGUGACCAUUUUUCAUGUUUCUGUUUAGCAACACAUUUAUUAGCAAUAUCUUGUGUUAAAUGUUUCAUGUUUGAAUGUGCCUUUAAACCAUUCAGUUGAACCCAAAGAAGUUUGUGUGUUGUGCUGCUUUUUACAAUAAUAAACCACUGUUAUGUGUCUAAUAAUGCCUUCUCCAUUAUCAAAUAAACCAUCACAGAAGUCAUUUCUAAAGUA